AGAGCGCGGUGCGUCCCGGCGCGCCGAGUUGGUUCGGCGACGCGCAGCCUUCCGGCGGCCUGAGGGGGCGGCACGCUCUGGAGGAGGCGGCGCGCACGGAGAUGCCCCGCGGAGGCCAGUCUCGUGGCUGGAAGAGAAAAAGAAAUUGGGGCGUAGAAUACCCAUCCUUUCCAGGAGAGAGUCCACUGCAGUGCAGACGAGCAGGGCUCAGGACUGUGGGGGCAGAAGCUUCCCUCUCUGAAGCAUGGCUCAGGUGUGGAGAAGGAUUUCAGGAGACUCCUGAGACGCUGUCAUUAACAGCUGAAAAGAAGACUACUACAGAAAAACACCAUGAAUUAUCCUCUGGACCCAAGACAGAACCUACCACAUCUAAGAGUACCAGUGGGCUUACAGCUAUAACAUGGAGUUCCAGUGGAAGUGAUCUGUCAGAUGAAGAGAAAACAAUUUUUAAAUCACAGAGGGAGAAUGGACAUGGUUCUAGAAUAGGCAGGUUUUAUAGCAGAAAUAUUUUCUCUCCAGAAGAUGGGGCCAGUGAAGAUGAUCUCCAGGUUAUUGACUGGGAGAUUGACAGUGACAGGGAAGAUACAUGUGAUGAAUUUGAAGACCGUGAGAGUGUGGUGGAAAUAUCUGACCGUGCUUCUUGUACAAGCAGUCGUUCUUUGACACCUCCAGAGACGCUACCUGAACUUCCUAAGACAAAUCCUACAGAAAUUUUAGAGUAUUCAUCAGAUAGUGAAAAAGAUGAUGAGUCGGAGAAUGUCUUGUUCAUUGAUUCAGAAUCCUCUCACAAAUACCACGUGGAUUUUGGAUCAGAUGGAAGACAGGUUAUGGAGAGACUGAUAAACCCGAGGGUAAAAUCUACAGAGACCAUUUUGCAUACACCCCAGAAAGAGACAAAGCUUCCCAAGACUCCAGAAAAUUCAGCAAAGAAGAAGAAGCUUUUAAGAGGCGGGCUAGCAGAAAGACUAAAUGGACUGCAGAAUCGAGAGAGAUCUGCCAUUUCUUUGUGGAGACAUCAGUAUCUUUCUUACCAAAGGACACUUUCAGGUAUAAAAUCUGGUAUAUUAACUGUGAAAAUUCUAGAGCUUCAUGAGGAAUGCACCAUCCAAGUUGCAAUGUGUGAGCAGUUAUCGGGGCUGCAGGCUGACAGCUCUUCUCAGGGUGGGGCCCCUGGGACUGGCCUGAAGGUUCUCUUCGCCAAGGAGACUGCACGCUGCCUCAGGGGACUUCCACAAGACAUCAUCCGUAUCUACCCUCCCUGGGGGAAGAGAGAGCUCCCAGCCCCUACCAGGGCUGCUGUCUGUGGGAAUUCAGAUGUUCUGCACAGGAUUUCUAGUAUCAUUUUCGUGUAUAAAGAAAGAGCUAUAAGGGAGAAGGCACAAGGCAGGACGAUGGUACUGCUGGUUGGUCCAACCCGACUCUGCCCACUGAGCUGUCCUGGAGGGGCCCCAGGUCAGCAGGCUACGAUCUGGAUUCGUGGGCAAAAGCUUAUUAUCCCAAAUGGAAGUUGCCCUGUUAUUCUGAAUACUUAUUUUUGUCAGAAAGUUGUUGCCAAAGAAGAUUCAAAAACAGCACAUGAAGUGCACAGUUGGGACACACCCCUUCCAAGAAGAAACAUCAUUUUGGCCCAGAUGUUUAGAUUUAAGAGCCUAACAAAUAACUCACCUGAAAACCAGGUUAUGUGUGGUGGUCACACCACCGUGGGCACAGACUGGACCCUCAGGCACGAACAAGCAGAGCUGGGCUUCCCCGCCCGAGCGCCCCUGAGGGAUUCUCUGCUGGAUGCAGUCGAAAGCCAAGGAGUUGCCACCUGGUCGGGAGCCGGGGUCCGAGUGGUGGUGCAGAGAGUUUACUCUCUUCGCUGCAGGUGUCAGCAGGCAGAUGGCACAGACCCACCUGGAGUUCGAGUCUGCCUUCUCGUGCAAGAUGCCCUUGGACUCUUCAGUGAGGUGCACUCGGAGGGCGCCGUCCUGAAGGACAGGGAGUUGGAGGGCAAGUCCUGCAGGCUGGCGGGAAUGAAGGUUCUGCAAAAGGUCACCAGAGGAAGGAUGAUGGAGCUUUUCAGUUUGAUUGACACCAUGUGGCCUCCAGUGGCGCCUCUGAAAGCACCAGGCCACGGGCCAGCCUUCGAGGAAAAAACUCAUCUGCCUCCUCCUAGCUUCUGUUACAUCCUCACUGCUCAUCCAAACCUGGGACAAAUUGAUGCAAUUGAAGAAGACUCUAUUUCGAAGCUUUACCAGCCUCCAAUUCCCCGCUUCUUAAGAGAAAUUCUCCAGACUGAUGGCCCCUGUACCCGUUGCAGUUUCUAUGCCAGAGUGAUUUACCAAAGACCACAGGUGAACAGUUUGCUUCUGGAGCCAAGGGAGGUGUGGCUGGUGGUGACCGACGCUACUCUGCAAGCACAGGGUGAGGGCUCGGGCCUCCCCAGAACCGUGCCUGUGCGCGUGGCCCCCUCAUGCGUGCUGGACCAGGAAGUCCGGGACGCGCUCUCCGAGGCCACGUCCAAGAGCGUCUUCUUCAGGGACGCUCUCCGAGACCAAGGCCCCAUCCCGAAGUCCACUGCAGACAAGACCCCUGUGAUGGCCACACGGACCGAACCAGAACCCCCUGCGUGCAGUGCCGGCGCAGCAGCAGGAGGUCAGGUUGUUUGUGUUGGACGAACUGUCCUCCUGCUUCCAAAGCCCCAGCUGGGUGUGGCCUCUGGUGCCUGGGAGCUGACGAGCCCUGUGAGGCUGGAUGAGCUGGAUUCUGUCACUCGGGUCAACUCCAUUUGCAGCGUCCAAGGCGCUGUGGUCGCGGUGGACGAGAGCACCGCCUGCUCGUGGCCUGCGUGUGACCUGUGUGGCGGUGAGAGACUGGAACGGAGGCCGGAAGACAGGGGCGCCUUCUCCUGUGGGGACUGCUCCCGCGUGGUCACCUCUCCCCUCCUCAGAAGGCACCUGCAGGUCUUCCUGGACUGCCCCUUGCGACCCCAGUGCACAGUGAGGGUCAAGCUGCUGCAGCACAGUAUCUCUUCGCUCCUGAGGUUUGCCGCCUGCGAGGACGGGGUUAUUUUCUGAUCGGUGUUGCAGUAGACACACGAAUCUGUCCCCCAGCUUUGAUUAUGAGCAACUCGGUGACCCCCGCAGCGCAAACCUUCGUCCGGGGGAGCUGCUGCGCGGUGGGGAUUGAUGUUUGGACCAGGCUGUAGGAGGGCCUAUAGACAGGUGCGCCUGAGCGUGUGACAGUAAGUAAGCGCUUGUGACGGGCCGGGCACCGUGCCCCCCGCUGCCCUCGUGCCGCCUCCCCGUGGGCACAGCCCACGCUGCCGGGGGGGCGUCGGGGCAGGCCCGCGGCACGCCCCCUGCCGGAGGCAGCGACGCCCGCAGCGCGGGGCCGUUGCCCUGCUCCCACCUGCAGGGCAGCCGGCCCGGGUCGGGCCCGCAGGGGCCUCGUGUGUGUUGCGCUCUCGUGGAGUCCUGCGUGUCACGGGUGGCCAGGCCGCGGUUCCUGGGACUGUGGGUACUUAGGUGAGGCCGAUGGAGUGGGAAGUUCCAAGGUGGGGCUGCAAACAGGCACUAAAGCCGGCAGAUCCGGGUCAUCGGAGAACACGUUCCUCUGGAGGGUGCUGGGGGAGCCCUGUUUAAGGAGAACACAGCAAAACGAACCCAGCAAAGCGCAUGGCUGAACGCCUGGGGACGGCGCCCAGAGCACCUGCCGGCCCUGCGGUUACUCAGGCGCCUGCCUCCCCUGGGCCCCCGGCUCCCAGGAGGGUGGCCCUCAGCCACCUGCUCCGUCCAGGGACCUGGCAGGAACCCGCAUUCACGUAUCGCUGCUGAUGGAGGCAGGCUGUACCUCCCCCACAGGAAACUUCUCGACUCCUCUCCCACUGCUCCUAGAGACGCAAGAGGCGGGCGCGCGGCCCGGCCGGCAAGCGCCUCGGUGACCCUGCAUGGCUGCUCUGCUGUCGGAGGCGAGGCCGGUCGGACUGGGGGGCGCCGAGUCCCCCACCCCCCGCUACCGCCCCCCGGCCUACGCCCGGUGGGUUCUCAGGCUUUACGCUGACCUGGAGGGAAGCAGACACCUCCCUUCCCACCUGCAGGAGAGACUCCCGGGGGCACUGGCCACAGGGCUCCUCUGGAUUCUGUCGGUUUUCAGGGUGAGAAGGUACGUUCGCCAAAAUCCAGAGAAUCAGAUGAGGACUUUCCACGAGAACCGCGGCUCCAUUCCCGGAACAAAACGUGCCGCUUCCGGUCCGGCACACACACGUGCCUUUAAAAUAGAGGCACAUUUUACACACACACGCAUGUUCGUAUGACCGGCACAUAUGAGUUUGCUGCUGUGAUUGUUUUAACUUCUCUGUCUUAACUUCCGCCAAAUAUAAUGUAUCUAUAGUGUAAUGUCCAUUUAUAAACGAUACAGUUAUUAUCGAAAACUGUAGCUGCCAACCCUGACACUUUAAAAAGAGGGCUUCCGCGGACUCUCUUCCAACGCCGAGGCCCGUGCUCGUACCCGGCCGCCUGGGCCCACGCCCACGCGCAGGUGCAGCCCUCAGAGCCGACACAGCGCAUCCAGUAUCACGGCGUCCUCCCGGCCCUGGGUGGGGACUGCCCUCCCCGGCGUCACUGCCGCCUUCCUGCCGUCGUGGGCUGCAUAGAAGCCCUGGGAGUGACCUUGACGUCCUGGCCGCGGGAGGCCUCCCCACUGUCCAGUCGCAUCCUCUCCCUCCCUCUCCGCCUGCCUGGACCGGCGACUCUCAGCCCCGCUUCACCCGGCGUGCCACCAGGAAAGCCACAGCCCCCUGCGAGCCACGGUGGGGAGGCCGUGCCUGUCUCGUAGGCGGGAAGACGGGCACCGCGGUGAGCUGCCUUUAGGGCAGCGUCCACAUCCCAGACCGAUCUGGACGUUUACUGCUUUAGAAUGAGCCGUCUCAAGGCUCGGCGCUUCCACACGGACUCUGCACACAGACCUGCAGUCUGGACGAGGCUCCACGGGGCAGCAGCUGGUGCCCCAAAGCUGGGCUGGUGUCCCAGGAGGCCCUUCAGUCCCCGGCUGGCCGCUGUGCUCCUGUCGGCUGGGACCUUCCCAGGCUCUGGCCAGACACCCACACGGCCUGGACGCCCUCGCAGUAUGUGUCUGGGUCCCGAGCCGGGCAGAAGGUGGGCCCCGGUCCUGACCGAGCCUGGGACACACUCAGUGCCCCUCCCCUCCCACUCUGUUCACGAGAAGCCAGUUGGCCACCAGCCUGGACCCAGGGGGAGGGCAGCGAGGCGCCUGUCAAGGAGCUACAGACGUGCCUGCUUUGGCCAUGUUGUCUGACACCCGCCCACCCCCUCCGAGUCCCCUCUGCCAAGACACGAAUGGUGGAGGGGCGAGUUAGCAGCGAGCUCAGUCGCCACAGACGCCCAUCAAGUGUCUGGCACAGAGGAGGGCUGAGAGGUACCCCUGACGUUACUCUGCAAGUGGCAGCAAAGGAGUUUCCGAAAGAACACGUGACUUUCUAGGGCUUCAGUCUCUGAUAAGACCAAUAACCCUCUUUAUUUUCAGCCCCACCCCCAAAAUAAAGUGUUCCGAGGUGUGAUCCACGGAGACCAGGAGGGCACAGCACACCUUCCCAGCCCGCUCACCUGGGGCCCCUGCCACCCAUGGCUCUACAUUCCCGUGUAGAAAUGAGACUUGCCCACAAUCAACCAGUUCCCUAAGAUAGUCAUCCAACAAUGUGAAGGCAAGGUUCUCUGUGGCAUAGGAAGAGGUGUUUAGCUCAGUGUACCUCUGGGAGAAAUGGGAUCCUGUUAAGGAGGGAAGUUUGGGGCAAAGGAAGUCCUUUGACCAGAAGUGCUGCUCGAGUGGGGAAGUGGGAUGCAGCAGCAGUGAUGUGUGCCUCCUGCUGGGACGCAGGGCACGGCCCUUCCCAUGUGCUUUUCCCCCCAGUUUCUCUCCUAGGACGGCCAGCUGGGAGAUGCACAUUCUUGCACCCACUAACAAACAUCGAUCACGUAUUUUUAAUGUUCUUGUGUAAAAACUAACUCGGCUACCAGAAAAAAGCAGUUCCUUCCUUCGCUUUUAUUGCAGCCUCUUCUCUCCUCUGGAGAGGGGUCAUGGGCCAGGGAAGGGCCUUCUCUGUCUUUGGUGUCCCGAGCCGAUUGGAACAGCACGCCCAGGGCUGUUUGCUUUAACCAGCCUGCCUCUUAUCCCUGCAGAGUUACGAGGUGAGGAGUGUCCUCGGAAAGGAGGUGGGGCCGAUAACCUGUUUCGUCCGGUCCAUCACCACCCGCCC